AUGGACGCCUCCCGGGUUGGGGCAUGUUUCCGCGCCCCGACCCCUUCACCGCUUAUUAGUAAGACCAUGCCAGGCCCUUGGCCCAAGUCAACCUGGACCUGCGUGUGCCAGCAGCCCUUCGACAAGGUCCUCCGGGUGGUGGAGAUGAGGCCGGGGGCUCUCGGCCACAGCGAGCCUGCGGACCCCGGGCUCCUGACCUCUCUCGUGGUGCCUCUGAAAGCCGGUGGGAUGCGAAUCGUGCAGAAGCACCCUCACUCCGGGGACGCCAAGGACGAGAAGGACAAGGAUGAGCAGGAGUGGGAGAGCCCCAGUCCUCCUAAGCCGACGGUGUUCAUCUCCGGUGUCAUGGCCCGGGGCGACAAGGACUUCCCCCCGGCGGCCGCCCAGGUGGCUCACCAGAAGCCCCACGCCUCCAUGGACAAGCACCCCGCCCCCCGGACCCAGCACAUCCAGCAGCCUCGCAAGUGACCGGCAGCCCCACCGUGGUGGCUUCCCACCGGACCGGCGUCUCCCGGAACUGCUCCCCGCGGUCCAGACAGAGCCGGCGCCC